AAUAGAAACUCCCGUUUUGCUAUCCCUAACUAAUUCCGUACGAACUAUUUUCAUUUUCAUUUUCAUUUUCUUUUCAUUCUUUCUCUCUCCAUUCUGUUGGAAAUGGGAACAGCAAUUCUUCGUUCCCACGAUUGCCUUCAAGGGCGAUUUCGCAACGACGCUUUGGCCCUUGCCACCUCACACGUUAGAUCUCCAAGAUGUUCUAACAACCCUAACCCUAACGUCAAUUUCUCCUCUCACCAGAACCGCCGCCGGAAGCGAAGUCCGGUGAACAACCAUCACACCAUUCGCCACCGGUCUGGCGAUCGACCGGCAAAGAAAGUUCCGGCCGCCGCGAGCCUUGUAUCUGGCCAAGUCAAGAUCCUCAAGAGAGGCGAGAAAUGGAUCCCGGAGAAUAGACACAUAGAGGCUCGGGCUAAGAGCGUUGAUAAUUUGGAUCUGUUGUUGGGAUCCACAAAUCGGUUAGGUCCGGAUCCGGUUAUGGUGCAGAGGCAGAUUAUGGUUCCGGUUCCGAAGGAUGUGAUCUACGCCGGAUCGGCGUUUGUUGCGUCUCCGCCUCCGAGCUCCGUUCCGGUUCCCGCAUUUUUAGGGAAGAACGGUGCUGCCACGAGCGAUCUAAGGCGGUUACUUGGCCUUGAUCUGGAAUAAUCAAAGAUAGGAUCUGCGAUGCGGUGCUGUAUUCGGUGGAUUAGUUGUUUGUUUGCAGUUUGACUUUACUUUUCUUCCUGCGUAGAUGUCUCGACGCGCUUCCUUUAUUUUUUCAAGAGGACAAGCCGUUGAGGGCGAGGAAAUGAAGAAAGUGUUAAAAGCAAAGCAAAGCGAAGGUUACCUAUCAUAGGGAUGGAAACGAAAUGUAAUGUUCGAUGAUGAUACUCAAUAGGUGAUUAGUCAAUUAGCUAGUGUUAGUUCUACAAGUUGAAUUUGCAAGGGUUGAGCGAAAGUAUGAUUCUCUUGUACAUUCCUAUAGUAUCGUAAUGUGCGUCUGAUCUAGAAUUUGGAUUUAGGUUGUCCCUACCUGUGUGUUCGUUUAAUUUCUUUUUUCUCUUCUUCAAAAAUGUUAGGAGGUUGGUUGUAUUGUGGUGUUCUCCUUCUAUUAUUACCUAUGUAGCUAUAGAAUUUCAUAGUGUAAUUCAAUAAAAUCUCCUUGCAUUCUGC